AUGUCAGAGAUGACAACCACUCCCGGUAUCACGCCAUCUACAACGACGACGACUACAACGACAGUAACUGAUGAUCCUCUGAGUUCUACGACUACGACAUUUUCACCGAGUCCAACCACUGUGACGACUACCAUCGUGACAACCACCAUCACAACUGGUGAGCCUACCGCUGCACCAGAUAUCCACCAAGGAACAUCCUGGGGCUGGAUCGUCUUCGGGGUGUUGCUCUUAAUCAUUGCUCUAGCGGCCGUGGCUGCUGUUUUGUGGCGCCGCUACUACAUGAAAAAUAACAAGAAAACUUAUACUCCUAAUGCUGGCGAAGACAAUGCUGCGUUUCGAAGGGAGAGCGCAACUCCAAAGGUCAACUACUCGGUCGCGGACGACGAGGUGAAGGCGUUUACGACCAGUGAAUUGCGAGUGGACAUGUUUCAGCCGCAAGACACCUUCGAGAACGGCUACAAUGGGGCGUCGGACCACCAUAACCCUACCAACUCCUACGAAGCCACAUCACACCUU